UGCACUUUACCUACCAAAGCCAUAAACAAACUUUCUCAUAAGAUAGAUGAGAGAAGAAAUCAUAACUCAUAUAUAUGUAUAUAAAUAAAGUUUUGUGGUGACGUUAUUGUUACAUGAAAAAGCUCAACCUUGUAUGGAAGUAAUUAGCUGCUACCUAUUCAUUCUUCUACUUGUUCUUCUUCUUUCAUGCAAUCUUUUGUUUUCCUUUGCUACCUCUUCUUGGCUUUCUCUUGUCAAGUUUUCAGCAGUCACAAGAUUUUUGAGGAGCCUUGUUUUUUCCGAGAAUCUUGUUAAUCAGUUUGAGAGAAUGGGGAGUAAUAUGAACUUGUUGGAGAAAUUGAGGCCUCUUGUUGGUGAAAGAGCUUGGGACUAUUGUGUUCUUUGGAGACUAAAUGAAGACCAAAGGUUUGUGAAGUGGAUAGGAUGUUGUUGUGGUGGGACAGAACUCAUAGCGGAGAAUGGAACCGAAGAGUUUAGCUUUGGAGGUUGUAGGGAUGUUAUGUUUCACCAUCCUCGGACCAAAUCUUGUGAAUCUCUCUCCCAUCUUCCGUCUUCAAUCCCUCUUGACUCCGGGAUAUAUGCGGAGACUCUUCUGACUAACCAGACGGGUUGGUUGAGUGAGAGCUCAGAACCAAGUUUUAUGCAGGAAACGAUCUGUACGAGGGUUUUGAUUCCUAUAUCGGGAGGACUAGUGGAGCUUUUUGCGACCAGACAUGUCGCUGAAGAUCAGAACGUGGUGGAUUUUGUAAUGGGACAUUGCAACAUGUUGAUGGAUGAAACGGUAACGAUCAACAUGAUGGCAGCGGACGAGGUUGAAUCAAAGCCGUAUGGGAUGUUGUCUGGUGAAAUCAAUCAAAAGGGUUCCAAGGAUGAAGACAUUAUGAAUCUCCCGUCAUCGUACGAUAUCUCUUCCGAUCAAAUCCGGCUCAAUUUCUUGCCUCAGAUGAGUGAUUACGAGGCACAACAGCACUUGAAGAUGAAGAGUGACUAUCAUCAACAAGCCUUAGGGUAUCUCCCGGAGAAUACUAAUAAGGAGAUGAUGGGUUUGAACCCAUUUAACACUAUGGCAGACGACGUGAUGGGCGAGCCUAGCUUGCUUGUGAACGAACAGCAAGUAGCUAACGAUAAGGAAAUGAAUGAGAACGGUAGGUUGGAUUCAGGGUCGGAUUGCAGCGACCAGAUUGAUGAUGAAGAUGAUCCAAAGUACAAGAAGAAGUCAGGGAAAGGAUCUCAAGCUAAGAAUCUGAUGGCUGAGAGACGGAGGAGGAAAAAGCUAAACGAUAGGCUUUAUGCUCUCCGGUCACUUGUUCCCACGAUCACCAAGUUGGAUAGGGCGUCAAUCCUUGGUGACGCGAUUAACUACGUCAAGGAGUUGCAGAAUGAAGCAAAGGAGCUUCAAGACGAGCUUGAAGAGAACUCAGAGACUGAGGAUGGAUCAAAUAGGCAGCAAGGAGGGAUGAGCCUAAAUGGGACAGUGGUAACUGGGUUUCACCCGGGGCUUUCAUGUAACUCCAACGUUCCUAACGUGAAACAAGAUGUUGAUCUUGAUAAUUCCAAUGAUAAAGGGCAAGAAAUGGAGCCGCAGGUGGAUGUGGCUCAGCUAGACGGCAGAGAGUUUUUCGUAAAGGUGAUUUGCGAAUACAAACCAGGAGGCUUCACAAGGCUAAUGGAGGCACUGGAUUCUCUGGGACUGGAGGUUACGAAUGCUAACACGACUCGCUACCUCAGCCUUGUCUCUAAUGUCUUCAAAGUCGAGAAAAAUGAUAACGAGAUGGUGCAAGCUGAACACGUAAGGAACUCGUUGCUUGAAAUAACCCGGAACACAUCCAGAGGAUGGCAUGAUGAUCAGAUGGCGACCGGUUCUAUGCAAAACGAAAAGAACGAAGUUGAUUUUCAACAAUAUGAUGAUCACCAGCAUCAUCAUCACCCGUUUGAUCAUCAGAUGAAUCAAAGCACCCAUCAUCAUCACCACCACCAACACAUCAACCCUUACCACAACCAAUAAGGACAAUCCCCAAAGUUAUAACAUGUUGUCAUAUCAGAAUUUCUACAAGUUAAAGAAACAUAUAAGCUUUGAUUCGAAGAAGAAAGAAUAAAUAAGAGAUGCCAGUUCGAGAACGUUUUAUGUAUACCAGUUACCAGAUAGAAUCAAGGCGAAACUACUCUAGAAUUUCAUCGGACAGAAACUAUUAUCGCAAAUAACUUCACUGAAAUAAUCUUUGCUAGAAAGAACUUGACAACCCAUGAAAAAAGAAACAAGUGUUGAAGUGCACCCCUUAAACUUAGUAGGCUCCAAAACACGACCAACCAAAAAAAUGCAUUUGCCAAUAUUGUUGGAGCAGAUGGGGUUACAACUUAGCAACACGUAAUUCUUGUAUAACUCCAAAAAAAAAAAAA